CCUUCCGUUAGUGACUCCUUUGCGCUCCAACAACGUUGCUUCGCCACUUUUCCGCCCUGCUCACUUUCUCUUCUACGGAAGAGGCGGUGACUUGCGCUGCCUGUGUCUGCUCCGCUCUGGACUGAGCCAUGCCGCUGAUAAUGUUGUGUGGGCUGCCGGGGAGCGGGAAGAGCAGGCGGGCUGAAGAGCUGCGGGCGGCACUGAGCGCCGACGAGGAAGGUGGCGAGCGGCGGGUUUUCGUGGUGGCCGAAGCAGAGGCGGCGGCAGGGGGAAGCGGCGGCAGGACUGCAUUACGAGCGGAGGCAGAGCGGUUGCUGAGCCGGCGGGAGGUGGUGAUCAUAGACGCGGGCAAUGAGCUGAAAAGCUUCCGCUACGAGCUUUACUGCCUCAGCAAGCACGCGGGAACCCCGCACUGCCUAGUCUUGUGUCCCGGAGGCGCUCCGUGCUCCGACCGGCCUCCCUUGGAGUCACCAGACUCGCGCAACCGAUGGGACUGGCCUCUCUUCACGGCGCCUGAGGACCUCUCGGAGCCGCUUCCGCUGUCUGAGAUUCGCGCCGCCCUCUUUGUGCGCCGCCCGCCUCCCCCCAACAAGUCUACGCGCUCCCAGCCCCUCCAAACCGCCAGUUUUCUCCACCAACUCGACCGCCUCACCCAGGACAUAGUGGCCGCCCUCGUGGCUGCGCAGAGGAACGGCGUCGAACCCGGUCAGUUCAUCCCGUUGGACGUGGACGGGCUAGGCCAAGAAUCUCAGGGGUUGCUACUCAGCCGGCCUGUCAGUCUCCCUGAGCUAAGCAGGCUCCGCAGACAAUUUCUUAGCUAUGCCAAGAUGCAUCCUGGAGAAGGAGAAGAGAAUCUGCCCCAGCUGGGCAGCAUGUUCUUACAGUACUUGAGCAGCAACUUGCAGUGAUGGGGCUGGAACCUUUUUCUUGUCCCUAGGAUCCUGGGGCUAGGCCUGUUCUGUUUGGCCUGUUACUUUUUCUUUCACGUGGCCUGCCACUUCCCUGUACAAGUAUGAACAUACUUGGUUUAUCCACAUGGUAUGGAGCCUUUCAUCAGCUAGCAACCCAAACCACAAGCACAAAUCAGUGGAUUAUCAGCUUCUUCGUAAACUGCUGCACUGGAUUAAUGAGUGAAGUGACCUAAAGGAGAAUGGCCACUGUACUCUGUCAGUAACAGUCUGUAGCAGAUAGCUAGACAUAUCUAAAUAUAAGUGCUGCUUGUCUCCCCCACGCUUUUUAAUUAUUUUUGGCUUGAUUGAUAUUUGUAACUGAUUUAUGAUUGCAAUUGAGAAGCAUGUAGAUGAUUACUGGAGAGUUUGGUAAAUCACUGCAUUGAGCUCAGUGGUUUGAAAUACAUACUAGAAAGAAGCACA